AUGAAGGCCAAGUAUUGUAACAAAAAUUCCCCCCUUGCGGCCUCACCAUCGUGGAGAAACAGCCCGACGUGGAAAAGACUUUCGAAAGUGAGAAACCAAGCAAAUCCUUAUAUUAGAUGGGUGAUCGGACAGGGAGGAGUCUACUUUUGGGACGACAUUUGGAUUGGCACUUCUGCCGUAAGAGAGCUUUGCCUUGAUGAGAGGGGUGCCCCAUCUACCACGGUCUCGGACUUCAUUAGAAAUGGGGCUUGGGAUGAGGCCAAGCUGCAACAACUCCACGACCAGACACGACUGCCGCAUGUAAUAAUUUCACAUAUCCUCGACACUCCAAUCUUUUCGGGAGAGCCGGACAUCCCAAGAUGGACCCUAUCUCGACUCGGGGAAUUCUCGCUAGCAACAACUUGGGAGACUAUUCGCACACAUAGACCGAGAAUCCAGGGGCUCGAAGACAUCUGGAGGGCUGGCCUUACUAAUUCUAUUGCAAUCUUUAAUUGGCGUCUUUUGUCGAACCGAAUCCCGGUUGACUCCAAGCUCCAGUGGAGGAAAAUCGAGUUGGCAUCAAAAUGCCAAUGCUGCCCACGGAGGCCUAAUUCCGAGUCUCUCCAACACCUUUUCGUCCGAGGCUGGGGAGCAACGUGUGUUUGGAGAGAGUUCGACGGAUGGUUUGAGGGGUCGGUCCCAUCCCUCUGGAUUAACGACCCCAUCCCAGACAGGAUUGUAGCGUGGUCACUAAGGAUCCAACAACAAGAUAGGAAACACCUCUGUCGCAUCAUGCCUUAUUUCAUUUUGUGGUUCAUCUGGGCAGAGAGAAAUAGGAGUCGGCAUGAGCAAGUUCAGUUUAAACCUUUCAACGUGGUCUGCCAAGUUCAGAUGUUCCUUCACAACAACAUGGCCAACGGGCAUAUCAAGCCGAAACAGUGGAGAGGAGUGAAACUUAGAAUGAGCAUCCCGAACCAACUCGAGACAAGGGGACCGAGACCGAUCGUCAUGCCGAUUAAGUGGCAACCCCCGGAUCGGCCGUGGAUCAAGCUAAAUACGGAUGGUGCGUAUAUGGUAGCAACGGAUAAGGGAGGGGGGUGUCGUUCGGGACUAUCCGGGAAGAUGCUCGUGACCUUUGCAACACCCCUCGACGCCCAUUCGGUACGGGAGGCCGAGCUUUUGGCCUUGCACCAUGGGUUGGUGGUAGCCAAGGAGUAUAACCAACCCAUCUGGAUUGAAUUGGAUGCGGAACAAGCUAUCAAAUUACUCAAUGGCAACACUUGGGGCCCAGUGCAUGUUUGCUAA